AUGGUGAAGCUGCAGGCAGCCACUGUCUCCAACCAACUCAUACACCACCGCAAGCGCAAGAGACAGCCGGCACCAGAAGAGGAAGGCACGAACGAGCAGUCACUUGACAGCAGUGGCACAACGACAGUCGCUGUCCCAACUAAGACGCAUGAUGGCGGCAAGAAACCACGCCGUACUCCGAAGUCCGCCAGCGACCGUCCACCACUCAUCCGCCACGACUCGUCUACCGUGAUUGAGUCCACCAUUCCAUGGCCCAAUGCCUUCACCAAGCUCUCCCAGACUCACAAAGCGCUCAACCUCAUUUACACCUUCUGCUGCACGCGCAAACAUCUCGCCACCACCUUCGACACCAUCAAGAGCGCAGUCGAAGCCAGCCUCAAGCGUCCCCUCUCCAUCUCUGAUAUUGCGAAGGUCAAACGCCUCGUGCCGGCUGCCAUCAACUUCCAGUAUGUCGACGAGGAAGCGCUGCAGGUCGCACUCAUGGGCGAGGAGGACUUGCGGGGAGGGAAGAGGGCAGGUGACAUGUUCCCUGAGAACCCCAUGGAAGAGCGGGUGAGACGGGCGGCAGAAAGGAGGGAGAGGGGUGGAAAGGCGGAAGAGGUGCUGCUGUUUGAGUUCAUCGAUGGCGAUCUGAAGAGGCAGGUGCACAACCCCAAAACGGGCGAGGUGGUGAGGGCGCAUAAGAAGCUUAAGCAUGAGGAGCUCAACAUGCCGGUUUACAGUCAGAAGCAGAUGAUGCGCUUGAUUGAAAAGCGCAACGUGAAGUUCACAUCAGCAAUCAAUGCAUGGCUCAACGAGUCCGUCGAACUAGGCAUCGAUCCCGUCGAAAGACUGGAAGACGAGCACAAACCGUACAUUCCACUGCAAGCCUCUUCACGCUCCAGCACGCCCGCUCCGCUUGAUACCCUACCCAAAACUAUCCCAGAUGAUCGUAAAAGCAUCUCCGAGAUAGUAACCGAGCUCAAAGUCUCCGACUGGUACACCGGCCAGAUCGUGCCCGACGGCCACCGUGUCUUCGACCCACAGGAACCUGUUUACGGAGACCUCUCGUUUCCCCUUAGUCAAGACCUCGUCAAUGCGCUAUAUAACACGCGUCACAUCACGCGCCUCUACAGUCAUCAGGUUGAAGCGAUCAAUGCAUUGCACGAAGGGCAGAACGUCAUUGUUGCCACCUCCACUUCCUCAGGUAAGAGCUUAAUCUACCAGAUCCCGGUUUUGACAGCGCUGGAGUCAGAUCUGCAGACCCGAGCAAUGUAUAUCUUCCCAACAAAAGCUCUAGCCCAGGAUCAACGCCGCAGUCUCAAGGAUUUACUGGCCUGUAUGCCCGGCCUUUCCGACGUGAUGUGCGAGACCUUUGACGGCGACACACCCUUUCCUGAUCGUAAUCUCAUCCGGGACGAAGCUCGUAUCAUCUUCACCAACCCGGAUAUGCUGCACCUGACUAUCUUGCCGCAGGAAGAAAGCUGGCGGAACUUCCUGCAGAACCUGCGAUAUGUGGUCAUGGAUGAACUGCAUGUCUACAACGGCCUCUUCGGCGCGCAUGUAGCGCUGAUAAUGCGGAGGUUGCGACGGAUAUGUGCUGCGGUCGGGAACCGGCAUGUGAAGUUCAUCUCCUGCUCUGCGACUGUAGCGAAUCCACAAGAACACAUGCGCACGAUCUUCGGCAUCGAAGAUGUGCGGUUAGUGGACUUUGAUGGCAGUCCGAGUGGUCGGAAGGAGUUUCUGUGUUGGAACACGCCAUUUAAAGAUCCUGGCGAUCCGUCGAGCGGAAGGGGCGACACGUUUGCGGAGACAGCCCGAUUGUUUUGCCAGUUAAUCUUGAGAGGCGUCAGAAUUAUCGCAUUCUGCAGGGUGAGGAAGCAGUGUGAGAUCCUCACCACAGCUGUGAAGAACGAACUCGUCUCGCUUGAGCGUGGCGAGGUGAUGGCGCGAGUAAUGGCGUACAGAGGCGGCUACACUCCGCAAGAUCGAAGAAGGAUAGAGAGGGAAAUGUUCGACGGCAAAUUGGUAGGUAUCAUUGGCACUAACGCCCUCGAACUUGGCGUUGAUAUUGGGUCACUGGACGCUGUGCUGACCGUCGGCUUUCCGUACACCAUUGCCAAUCUCCGUCAGCAGUCCGGUCGGGCAGGUAGAAGAAACAAAGACAGCCUGAGUAUUCUUGUGGGAGACUGUUUCCCAACAGACCAAUACUUCAUGCAGAACCCGGACGAGAUCUUCACGCGGCCGAACUGCGAGCUGCAGGUCGAUUUAACCAACAUGCUCGUCUUAGAGGGCCACGUCCAAUGCGCCGCCUACGAAAUGCCAAUCAGCCCGGACGAAGACGUGCACUACUUCACCAAACAACUUCCGGAGAUCUGUGAAACUCGGAUGCGCAAAGACGAUUUAGGCUUCUACCAUACGGACGAGCGCUUCCUGCCGCACCCAUCACGAAGCGUGGCUAUACGCGAUACAGAGGACAGCCAUUUCGCCAUAGUUGACACGACCAAUGGUCGCAACGAAGUUCUCGAAGAGCUUGAAGCGAGUCGCGCCUUCUUCACGAUCUACGAGGGCGGCAUCUUCCUGCAUCAAGGCCGCACGUACUUGGUCAAGCAUAUGGAUACCGACAACAUGAUCGCCAAAGUCGAAUAUGUCAAGGUGGAGUGGACGACGCAGCAGCGAGAUUACACUGAUAUCGAUCCUGUGGAGACAGAAGCCAUCCGACGCAUUCCGGGAUCGCUAAGUCGAGCCUUCUUUGGCCGGAUACGAGUUCUCCAAAACGUCUUUGGCUUUUUCAAGGUGGAUAAGAAGCGUCGAAUCUUGGAUGCGGUGCAAGUGGACAACCCACCCAUCAUCAUCCAAUCCAAGGGCAUGUGGCUAGAUGUACCGAAACACGCAAUCGAAAUCCUGCAAUCACGACGCUUGAACCUGGCCGCCGGGAUACAUGCAGCCGAGCACGCGAUACUGAGUCUGAUGCCUAACUUCGUGAUCAGUAUGCCUGGAGACGUGAGGACAGAGUGCAAGGUUGCCAUCAAGGAGUUCGCGAAGAAGGAAACCCAGCGCAAGAGACCAGCGCGACUGACUUUUUACGACGACAAGGGUGGCCAGCAUGGCUCAGGUAUUGCGGCCAAGGCAUUUGAGUUCGUGGACCUUUUGCUCACGCAAGCCGAGCGGUGUCGGGAGGCGAACCAAGUCAUGUCGAAAGCCGGAGCGGAGGUCAUUCUAAAGUGUCUGCUCAACCGCGACAUCGAUGUCGAGAGUCUCCCGUGGGGUCCGGAAGACGAGAGGGUGAAGGCAGGCAUCGAGACGAUCAUCUUAGCGCAGGAGAUCCGGCCAAGACGAGGCGUAAUACUGGAUGUGAUAGAGGUGAAGAGGGAGGAAGGUGGGAGUAGAAGGGUAAGAGUUGGGGUUGUCAAUGGAGACGAUCUGGAAGGAGAGGAGGACGAUGUUAUAGUGGUCAAAGAUGAGCCUACCGAAUGA